AUUAUAAAUAAAUAAUUUUUUAAUAAUUUUAUAUUUACUUUCUGAGCUAUCAAGCAGUAAAUAAAAAUAAAAUCCUUAACGCGAAAUGGGAAAGAAAAAUAAGUAUAAAAAGGAUGAAAGUGCACCACCACAACAACAGGCACAGAAUCCUCAAGGAGGUGCUGGAGGUAGUGGACAGCAGAAGCAACAGCAAAAACCACAAGAAGGUGUUGGAGGACAGCCGCAGCAACAGCAAAAACUUCAACAAGGUGCUGGAAGUGGAGGAAAGUUGCAACAACAACAAAAGCCCCAACAAGCAGGCGGAGGACAGCCGCAGCAACAGCAAAAACUUCAACAAGGUGCUGGAAGUGGAGGAAAGUUGCAACAACAACAAAAGCCCCAACAAGUUGGUGGAGGACAGCCGCAGCAACAACAAAAGUCACAACAAGAGAGUGGAGGACAGUCCCAGCAAAAGCCUCAAGGUGCCUGGGGCGGAGGACAGCCUCAACAAGGUGCCUGGGGUGGAGGACAGCCGCAACAACAAACGGCUCAACAAGGUGCCUGGGGAGGUCAACAAAGAGGAACAGAGCAACAACGAGGUCCCAGUCAGCAACAAUGGAGGAAUCAACCAGGCGGUAAUAAUCAACAAGGUGAAAGAGAUCAACAACGUCGUGAUAAUAAUCAACAAGGUGGUGGAAAUCAGCUACAACGUGGUCCUAAUCAACAACAAGGCGGAAGAGAUCAACAACAACGUGGUUCAAAUCAGCAACAAAGCGGAAGAGAUCAACAACAACAUGGUUCUCAUCAACAAGGCGGUAGGGCUGAUCAACAACGUGGUCCUAAUCAACCACAAGGCGGAAGAGAUCAACAACAACGUGGUUCAAAUCAGCAACAAGGGUGGAGAGAUCAGCAACAACGUGGUUCUCCUCAAAAAGUCGGUCAAGAUCAGAAACAAGGAGAAGGUUGGAGUCAACAACGUGAUCAAGGUCGUCAACAUGGCCGAGGAGGUCGACCCGGACAAGUCCAACAGCAACAACACAGCGCAACGUUAAGUAAACAAAUGGAACAACUAACGAUUAGUGAUGAAAUUCCUCUACCACUUAAGGCGAAAUCGUGUAAUGGUAUUGUUCGUGGAACUUUGGGAAAGCCUGGUGUUGUAGAAGUAAACUAUUUGAAAUUGGACUUGAAAGGUAUGCCCAAAGAAGCAUAUCACUACGAUGUAACCAUCACACCCGAUAGACCUAAAAAAUUUUUACGGCCUGCAUUUGAACAAUGCAGGCGUGCAAAGUUUCCGAAUAUAUUUUCGGCCUUUGAUGGCAUGAAAAAUUGUUAUACUUUGCAACGUUUGAAUGUUCCUAUCGACAUUAAAAUCGAAGUACCCGAUUCUAGUAAUAGAAUGAGAGAGAUGCAUGUAGAAAUAAAGGAAACUGAUAAUUGUGUUGUAGACUUGGAAGCAUUAAGAACCUACCAAAAUGAAAGAGUUUCCGAUAAACCCAUGAGGGCUCUUCAAGUUUUAGAAGUUGUGCUAGCUAGUAACAAUCACGACCGUGGUAUUCGCGUAGGACGUUCAUUUUUCCGCAGACCUUCAGAUGCAUACAAUUUGCAGGACGGUUACGAAGCUUGGACUGGUCUGUAUCAAGCUGCUAUUUUAGGCGAACAACCACUUUUAAAUGUAGACAUUGCUCAUAAAUCCUUUCCUUGUGAAUCAACUAUAAUUGAUUAUUUAAAAAAUCAGCGCAUUGAUAUUACUCGAGAUAUACGGCAAAAUUAUGCGGUUUUUAAAGACGUUUCCAAUUAUUUAAAAGGAAUUAAUAUCCUCUAUACACCGCCUAAAUGUUUCGGGGCUUCUCCUAAACAAUAUAAAUUAAUUGAAGUUGGAGAUCCAGCUUCCCAAAAAAAAUUCAAAACUGAUGACGGAAAAGAGAUUACGGUGGCCUAUUACUUCAGUUCUCGAGGUUACAAUUUAACAUAUCCAAAUCUUAAUUGUUUAAUUGUUGGCUCAACUGUACGACAAAUCUCCUUGCCUAUGGAGUUGUGUUCUAUUCCCAGUGGUCAAGCACUAAACCGCAAGGAUAAAGAUAGACAAGUUCAGAAUAUGAUACGUUAUGCCGCCACAUCUACUAACAGACGUAAACAAAAAAUAAUGGAACUAUUAAGAUAUUUCGAUCACAAUGAUAAUCCAAUAAUAAGAGAGUUCGGUUUGCGAAUUGGUUCGAAUUUCAUAAAAGUUCCAAUGCGUCUGUUGCCAGCACCAUAUAUGGAAUAUCUCCAAGGCCAAACUGUAACAACAUUCAAAGGAGCAUGGCGUAUGGACGAUAUCAAAAAUGUUAAAUUCUUAAUUACAUCAAAACCACCUAAUGGUCAUAAAUGGGCCAUUCUAUAUGAAGAAAGCACAAACCAUCGUGGUAUCACAUAUCAUGAUCUCGAAACUUUUAAAUCGAAUGUCAUUAAAACAUCGCAAAAUCUUAAUAUGAAUUUACAAAACACUGCAGAGAUAAAAAGUUAUAAUUACCGCAAUUUGGAGUCAAUGCUUAAACAACUUGCUAUAGAGAAAUACGAUCUGGUUUUUGUUGUCCUUUCUGACAGAGGCACGUCUUAUUCUAAAAUUAAACAAAUCGCUGAAUUGAGUAUUGGCAUUUUAACGCAAUGUAUCAAGGACAAGACAAUCUUUCGAACUAUUAAGGAUCGAACCGUAUUUUCCAACAUUUUGCUUAAAGUAAAUGGGAAAUUGAACGGCACUAAUCAUAAAAUUGCACAGGAUAAAGAUUCGAAUUUACUCUCCCCUAUAAAGAAUGUUAUGUACUUGGGAGCCGAUGUAACACAUCCCUCUCCAGAUCAACGGCACAUACCAAGUGUGGUUGGUGUUACUGCAUCACAUGACGCACAUGGAGCUUGUUACAACUGCCAAUAUCGUCUUCAACGUUCCACUGUUGAAAACAUCGAAGAUAUGGAGUCGAUUGUUACUCGGCAUUUGGAAGUUUAUUACAAAUAUCAGAAAAGUUAUCCUAGCCUUCUAAUUUACUAUCGCGAUGGGGUAUCAGAUGGUCAGUUUCCUAUAGUAGAACGCGAAGAAAUCCGUGCCAUUCGAAAUGCUUGCAAGAAAAAGGGCUGCAAUCCUAAGAUAACAUGCGUUAUAGUAGUUAAACGCCAUCAUACACGUUUCUUCCCAACAACCCAACCACAGCACGAAAGGGACUUUAACAAUGUCCAAGCGGGCACUGUUGUCGAUCAACACAUCACCCAUCCCAAUGAAGUGCAGUUCUUCAUGGUUAGCCACCAGUCCAUACAGGGUACGGCUAGACCGACACGAUACAAUGUUAUUCUUGAUGAAUCGAAUUUUGAUAUAAAUCUCUUGCAAAAGUUGACAUAUAAUCUCUGUCAUUUGUUUCCACGUUGUAAUCGUGCUGUAUCAUAUCCCGCUCCAGCAUACUUGGCCCAUUUGGUAGCAUUCCGUGGUCGUGUUUACUUGGAAGGAACUCAAAGAUUUGAUAGAAAUUUGAACAGAGAAUACGAAAAUCGUCUAAUCAAACCAGAUUUUCUAAAUAGAAAUCCUAUGUACUUCAUCUAAUGAGCAGAAGGAUAUGAAAUAAACAUUUACAUACACAUAUUACUAACAUUAAUAAAAAUAAUAAAUAUUACAUAUUAACCUAUUAUGUUAUGUGAUACCGAAGUUCGAUGUACAAAACUAAAAUGGAAGCAAAAGCGUAUUUCAAUGUUUUCCAUUUUAUUUUGAAAAGCAACGAAUUUUUAGGUACCUUAACGCAAUAGCCACAAAAAA